UUUUUAACUCUCUCAACUCCUACCUUCCUUUACCAACCUUUACUUUCUUUUCUCACACACACACACACACACACAUGUAUAUAUAGAGGGAGAGAGAGACCUUUAUGACUUCAUAGAAGAGAGUGAUGUGCUCAAAGAAAGAAGAAGUAGAAAGUUCAGGAGCCAUGAACAACAUACAAAAUUACCCAAAUAACCUCUUCUUUCACCAACUUGUCUCCCAUCAUCAUCACCAAGAACCUUCUCAAUCAGAAACUUUCAGAGCCCCGGGUUACAACGUCGAAUCCGGAUUCACUAUCUUCUCCCACGACUCCGUUUCCCCAAUAUGGCCUACUUCGACCCAACCACAGUUCGAUCCAUUUACUCCUCCUACUCCUCAGGCAUCUUUCUACGAGAGUUUCUUUAAUAGAAGCCGAGCUCAUCAUCAGGGAUUACAGUUUGGAUACGAGGGUUUUGAUGGAGGCACGUCAGCAACGCAUCAUCAUCAAGAACAGCUUCGGAUUUUGUCAGAGGCUUUAGGUCCCGUAGUGCAAGCCGGGUCGGGUCCUUUCGGGUUACAAGGUAAGUUAGGGAAGAUGACAGCACAAGAGAUCAUGGAUGCUAAAGCUUUGGCUGCUUCAAAGAGUCAUAGUGAGGCUGAGAGAAGACGAAGAGAGAGGAUCAACAAUCAUCUUGCUAAGCUCCGUAGCAUAUUACCCAACACCACCAAAACUGAUAAAGCGUCCUUACUAGCGGAAGUGAUUCAACACGUGAAAGAGUUGGAGAGAGAGACUUCAGUGAUCUCGGAGACAAACUUGGUUCCAACAGAGAGCGACGAGUUAAAGGUGGCUUUUACGGAGGAGGAAGAAACCGAAGAUGGCAGACUCGUAAUUAAAGCGUCGCUUUGUUGCGAAGACAGGUCCGAUUUAUUGCCGGACAUGAUCAAAACGUUGAAAUCGAUGCGUCUCAAAACGCUCAAGGCCGAGAUAACCACCGCCGGAGGACGAGUCAAGAACGUGUUGUUUGUCACCGGAGAAGAGAGCUCAGGAGAGGAUAUGGAAGAUUAUUGUAUAGGGAUGAUAGAGGAAGCUUUGAAGGCGGUGAUGGGGAAGUGUAACGUUGAAGAAUCAUCUUCUUCGGUGAAUGCUAAGAGACAGAGAAUGAGUAGUCACAACCCUAUUACCAUCGUCGAACAACAACAAUAUCACCAUUAAGAUGGAGGCAUGAGUUUUUGCACCAUUUUUCCGUGGGACAGCUUUUGGGAUUUUUUGUUUGCUUACAAAUGUUAAAGUGAAACCAAAAAGAGAGAAUGAAGAAGUACAGGAAACGUACCAAAGAUGAUGUGUGCCGUUAAUGAUUUUAGUCGGGUUCGGUUUGGAGAAAACAAGAAGAGACAAGUUUGGAUUCUGAGCUUUGUACGUUGAUGCGCCUCUGACUCUUUUGUCUUGUGUAUUGUUAGACAAAGAGAAUAUUCCUAUUCUUGUUAAUGUUGUACUCCUAUAUUCGUGGGCAUAAUCUCACAUAUCUCUGAAUAGUUUUGUGUAUAUAAACUGAUGUAAAUUUUCAUAUCAAGGCAAGGGAAAUAUUUCCAC